AUGUCCCACGCAGAGCAGAACCUUCCCACCAGAACGGCUACCAAUGCCACGGACGACGAUGCCAUUCCCGACGAGGACACGAGCGAGGUGACCAAGCUCUUCCACGAGCGCCUGCAAGCAUGGAAGCACGCAUGUGGUUACCUCGAGGACUACAUCUCAGCCACUGAGAAGCUGCAACACACCCACGCCAAGGAGUACGAAAAGGUCCUUAAGACGGUAUCGCAUCCCCUCAAGGAGGGUCACCACUUCGACCAGAACCUCGGCGGCAUUGCUGGUACCUUUGACACCAUUCGCUCUAACACUCAGGGUAUCUCCAACUCGCAUGCCGAAACCGCAAAGACAAUCAAGGGCUCGGUCUUGCCCAUCUUCGAGCGCCUCCAUACCGAGAUCAAGAACAAGACCAAGGAGCUCACUAAGGGUGCUGGCAAGGGCGGCAAGCUCGUCGACAAGGCUCGCCAGACGUCUCAAAAGCACAUCGAGCAGCUCGGCCAGCACACAGCCGCCUUUGACAGCACUGGAGGCAAGAUCCACGCCCACGAGGACCCCUACAUUCUCCAGCGCGGUGUCUACCACCGUCUGAACAAGCAGAUCAUCGAGGAGAACAACAACCGCAACGAUAUUAUCGCUGUGCAGAACAGCUUUGCUCAGUUCGAGGCCCACAUUCUCACCACCAUCCAGAAUGGUCUGGGUCAGUUCAACCAGAUUGUCGGCAACCAGGCCGAGCAAACUCGCACCAUGUACGGCAACAUGACCAGCACCGCCCAGCAGAUCGCUCCCGACUUCGAGUGGAACGGCUUCGUCCAGCGCAACAACCAGGUCCUGAUCGACCCCAACGCUCCUCCACGCAGCAUGUCCAACAUCAGCUUCCCCAACCAGAACCACAGAGCCACCGAGCCUUUGAUUGCUGGCUCCCUGGAGCGCAAGGGCAAGCUGCUUAAGAAGUACGAGGCCGCUUUCUGGGUCAUCACUCCCUCCAAGUUCAUGCACGAGUUCAAGACCGACGACGAUUUCGCAAAGGACCCUACUCCCGAGACCUCUCUGUACCUUCCCGACUGCAUGGUUGGUGCCGUUGAUGGCCUGAAGUUCCAGGUCAAGGGCAAGGAUGUUUCGGGCAGCAGCUUUGGCAACAAGCUCUCCAUGGCCCACGAGUAUGCCUUCAAGGCCCACACCCCCCAGGAGGCUCAGAAGUGGUGGGAGACUCUGAGAAGCUCAACCGGAUCGACCACCAACGAGCUUCCUCCCACUAGCCCUAGUGAGAGCAGACAGCCCAGUGCUGCCAUGGGUUCUGCCGUCACCCCCGAGAAGUCUGCAUCUAGCGAAUACCCUUCUGAGCCCACCAAGGUCUUCACCGAAGAGGACACCCGCCCCCAGACCACCGAUGCCGCCGCUCUGGAAGCCGAACGCAAGGAGGCAGCAUACUCGGCCGCUGGUCCCACCGACGGCGUUGCUACUCACAGCAAGGUGUAA